ACUUACAUUUGAACUACGUCAACGUAUAAUAAACACCAUUGUCCUCCCCCAGACCUCAAAUUUCAUCUCUCCUCUUCUCUCUUCCUCACCUAAGAAAGAUUAGGUAUACAUUGUGAACUCACAAUCUAAUAACAACUUUGUACCCGCUUAUCCUAAUAUACCAAUAUACCCUCACUGUGAUACCCAAACCCGAUUCUAUGCUUUGCGCCAUCGUCGAACAUCCAACUAAGAACUGAUAUCAAUAUACCCUAUCUACAUAUCCCGACGCCAUCAUGGCAAGCGUAAACAAACCAACCGACAUCAAGCAGAAGGAAGCCGACGUCAACCGAAAGCUUCAGAUAUACGGCAUCAUCAACGCAUUCCAGAUUGGUAAAGUGCCAUCUAAUGAUCAAAUAGAUGUCGCCCUGAACAGCUUCCUCGAGUCUGGGGCGUUAGCAAGUCCCUCGAAGAGACUUUCACCAGAUGGACAAGAACUUGUCGCAGACUUGAAGGAUGUUGUGACUCAAGCUAAGAAGCUGCUACUAUCCAAGAACGAGGGAAACCUCCUACAGGAUUUCAUCUGGCAGACCCAGCAGUUUGACCCUAAUACCUUGAGCGUACCUAAUUCUCCCAUCGACAAGAAUACGGCGAAGCAACAUGGAGAAAAGGUUCUAGAGGGGUUUCGGACUCUAGGAACAUUGAUUAUUACCAAUGGCCAGUUCCGAAAGCUUCUCAAUGAUGCUACCAUCCUACUACGCGACAUUGCUGGCGAUGCCGCUACUAAUGCUGCGAACAUGGUGCGGCCUAGCGGCGAGGACCUCUCUCAGAUUGAUCGACCUGCUGAGGACAACGUCUGGCACGAUACUCCUGAUUUCUCCAGGGAAAAUGUGAGGUCUCAGUUCCAGAAUAUUUACAAGAAAGACCCAGCACAGGAUGCCAAGGGUGUCGUAAACGCCGGAGCCGGAGCUGUUAGACAACCGGACGGGUCUGCAGGUGAUCGCAUCAAUGCCGCACAAAAUGCGACAAGCAGCGCUGCAGAGCAAGCCAAGUCUAACAUCGAUCCGGAGACCCGCGAAUCUGCGAAGCAGACAGCUCAAGAGUAUCGCGCUCGCGCUAGACAGUAUCUGUCGAAGAAGAUGCCCGAGGAGCGUCGUGGUCAGACCAUCUGGCGUCUGAAGAAAUUGGUCAUCGAAUGCCAGCAACACCCUGACUACCAGCAAGCCAUUUCUACGCUGCUAGAUUUGGCUGAGCAGUAUGGCUCCCAUGGCAGGAGCCUUGCUACCGGAGGUACCGGUACUGUCAAGGAGGCACGAACCCACCUGGCUGCUGCUGAAGCUGACCUGAAGACCUUGAUUGAGAGAUUCGCCAACGGAACAUCUACUGAUGAUCUCUGGUCUUCUAUCAACACUAUCUAUGAGGAUGCUGAUAGGGAUCCCGAACUCAAUAAUUGGUUCAAGUCUAUGAACGCUUACAUCCGCAAGUGUCUCAAGGAGCAAGGUUACAUUAUGGAAGAUGCUUCUAACGAGCAGUGGCACCGUCUCCAUGACCAUGGCCACUAUCUCCUCCGUGAGAAGUAUAAGACUCACACUGAUCGCAUUGUUGACGAGAUCAAGUUCUUGGCCGAUCAGUUCGAUCAGGACUAUCAGAACAAGGCCUUCGCGGCUUCGGUACAGAAGUUGUUCAACAAGCUUGGCAACGAUGAGAAUGGCAAGGCAACUUUUAAGCCUCACUUGGUCAAAGACCUGGCUGAUGUUAUCAUCCCGGCUGCCUUUGAGAGAAUUGCAUACAUUCCCAUUCCCCGGAUUGAGUAUUCCGACAGUGAGAUUGAUGCCGUCGUGGAGAAUCUCGUUUUGGAGAGUGAUAACUUCAUGCCGAACGUCCUCGAAGUUGCCAGCGACAACUACUUCCGCUGGGGUCGCAAGAAGAUUGCGAGCACAAACAAGAACUCGAUCGACGUCAAAGUCACUGGCAUCCAGAUGGAUCUGCGCGAUGUCAGCUUCUACGUCAAGCGCAAGCAAGGCUUCCCCUCAAUUACCGACACCGGCGUUGCUAACAUCAGGAUGGGUGGCGAUGGGUUCUGCUUCCGCUUGAGAAUGUCUACUGCAGAUGAUAAGGACAGGCAGCACUUCAUGAAGCUUGAUAAGGUUGAUGUUGAUGUUAAGAACCUCCAGAUCAAGCUUGUCAAGUCCAACCACAAGAUCCUCUUCGGCCUCUUCAAGCCCCUGAUGCUUAAGGUUCUCCGCCCAGUGAUCCAGAAGACCGCCGAGAAGCAGCUCAAAGAUCAGUUUAACAAAUUUGAUCAGCUGCUAUAUCAGGUCAAGCAGGAAGCAGAUCGCGCGGUCGAUGAGGCUCGCUCCGACCCCGAAAACGCUCCGAACAUCUACAACCGAUACGUCAAUGCUGUUCAGAAGCAAUUCUUCCAGGGUAAAAAGAAGGCAGAGGCCACUGCGGCCGACAAGAAGGUCAACAUGGCCGUCACUGAGGAGGACAGUAAUUUCCCCAACAUUCAUCUGCCUGGAGGUAUCAGCUCUAAGGCCACCGAGUACAAGGAGCUGGCCCGAAAGGGUGAGCUUUGGGAGAGCCCCGUCUUCUCCAUCGGCGCAGCUUCUAAGAGCACCAACCUUCCCGGUGCUCCUCAAGUUACCCGCAAGCCGCACGCUGUCAACGGCAAUGCUACAAACGUAACUACAAACGUAAAUUACACUAAUGGCAAUUACACCAAUGGAAACUACACCAACGUUAACCACGCCAACAGUAACUACACAACUGGAAGAACUAUAGACGGAAAGUAAUCUAAUCCUGUUACUGGACCCAUCGCCACCACCGGCCCCGUGAGCACUACUGUUCCUGCCGUAAGUGGCAACACUAUUACGAUCUAGAGGGUGUAUGAAGUGUGAUAGUCACUCCUUUUGGAUACAUCUUGUACGAUAUGAUGGAGAUGGGAACGGAGGAAGAACGAAGUCAGAAUCAGGAAGUUCCAGAUGUGGAUAUACCCGGAGAUACCCCCAGGACCCAGAUUGGCUUCACCUUUUUUUAAAAGUUGCUAGGGAAGAGCGUCGGUUGGCAAUGAUGAUACCUGUCCUUGUCUUAAUUACUUUUGAAUAUCAUAUUUUCCUUUUGUUUCGGCUAUAUGGACAGCUCGUAAUAGUUGAGUAAUGAACGUUGGGCACAUUUAUAAGUUAAUGGAGGUUGUGAAUAUUUAGGCUCGUUAUGUGAUGAUGCCUUGAAGGCGUCUGUAUGAGUGGCUAGCGGUGAUAAUUGUUAAAUUGUAUUAAAAUGAUGAUUGGACUAAGUAAACAGUCUCGUGUUGGCUUAUAAUGGGUAGCAGGUUACGAGAAAAUAAUGACAACU